AUUCGAUAUCCAUAGACGACACAUACGCACACUAAAUCGAGUACCUCUGAGAAUGAAUCUGCGCACUUUUUCACUCACUCGUCCAUCCAUGGGAACUCGGGCUAAGGCGGCACUCCUGCGAAGUGCGCUGUGCCUCACGACAGCGAAGCCGCGACCGAGCCCGACACUCUUCAUGUUUCCAGGGCUCACGUCGGCACCAUUCCACAACCCGCGGGACUUUGACUGGACUCGUGCGCUUGAAGCCAACGUGGAUACGAUUCGGACAGAGUACUUGGCUUUGAAGGCGCAUCAGAAGACGUCGGACUACGACGUUCAAGGCGGCCAAGAGCACUCGCUGCACCAAGGUCAAUGGGACUGGUUCAGUUAUGUCACCAAGGGUAAGAAACCCAACGGCGCGUCGUUCGAAGAGCACUGUCCGACGACCGCGGCGCUGCUUACCUCCAUUCCCGGCUUCAUGACGUCGGUGCCGUUUGCAUAUGCGUUCUUCUCGAGUCUCCAGCCAGGCAGCUCGAUCAAAGCGCACUCGGCCCCGUGCAACAUCCGCCUCCGCUGCCAUUUCCCCCUCUUUGUCCCUCCCGGGUGCGGUAUCCGCGUGGCCGAUCAAACUCGAUCUUGGAAGGAAGGCGAGUGCUUGAUCUUGGACGGUACGCGGGGGGCCACUGGAGUAUUAUUACUUUGAAGUGAAAGCUGGUUGUUGCGGACUUCGAGGCCAAUUGAUAUUAAUAUCGAUUGAUAUUGUCCUUUUACCGAAAAUGUGGCAGACUUUUGCGCUGAUUCUCGCCAGAUGUAUCGAUUAUUCUUGAUACUGAAUCAUUUUGUAUGUAAAAACGUGUGCUGUGGUGAUUGGAAGUAUCACACUAAUUAAAAUCACACACUAAUUUGACGUUGUUGAUGGUUGUUUCCUGCAAUCUGAUUGGCUAAGUAUAUCCUUCUACCGAUGAUUGUUCUGUACAUUUAUUUGGUUGUAUCGAUAUAUUCAUUCUCUAUAUAUUAUCGAUUUGAUACAAAUUAUCGCGCCGACCAAACCGAUCCA